CUCAUAACCUAAUGGAGAAGAAGAAGAAAGGAGAUGAAUCAAGGCCACCAUUAAUGGCCUUAAACCAUGUCUCAAGGCUAUGCAAAGACGUUAACAAGUCUCUAGAGUUCUAUACCAAAGUGUUGGGGUUCGUGGAGACAGAGCGACCCGCGUCGCUUGAUUUCAAUGGUGCUUGGCUUUUCAACUACGGUGUUGGGAUCCAUUUGGUGCAAGCUAAAGACGAAGACAAGUUACCUUCAAACACAGACCAUUUGGACCCGAUGGAUAACCACAUCUCGUUCCAGUGUGAAGACAUGGAAGCUUUGGAGAAAAGACUCAAGGAAGUGAACGUCAAGUACAUCAAGAGGACGGUCGGUGACGAGAAAGAUGCAGCUAUUGACCAGCUCUUCUUUAAUGACCCUGAUGGAUUCAUGGUCGAGAUUUGCAACUGCGAGAAUCUCGAGCUUGUCCCUCGUGAUUCCGCUGAUGCUAUCUAUCUCCCUGGAGAUCGACACGCGCCUCCUGUUGCUAUCCCUGGGUCAUCUAACCAUGCGGAUACUAGGCUGCCCCAGACCAAUUCUUAGUACUUAGUUUAGACUCUUGUUUUUUUCGUUUGUUCUUGUAUUUGUGCUUAAGCUACUACUCUAUUUGUUUGUGCUACAAACUCCCAUCAAACCGUGACUGUUUGGAAACGAUGUGUGAGCUA